UGGAAGCUCCCCAUUCUCUGACUCUACAUUCUUUUGUGUGUCUCUGCUCCCACAUUCCCUCCUCCUUACAGAAACACAGAGUUAGAGAGAGUUAGAGAGAGUUUUAGAGGGAGAGAGCGGGAUAGCAAUUGCAAUGGCGGUGUUUGAUAGUAAGAAGAAAUGGGUCGGUGCGUUCAUGAUGGUGCUUCUCAUGUUCUACUUCGCUGCUGCUGCAGUGUCUGAGAUCUCUCGCAACAGGAAUGGAGGAAGAGACAAGUUGCAGAGCUCGAGCGACUCAUCAAUGGCAGCCAGAGUGGCUGAGGAUGACCAAGGAUUCAACAAGCAUGCAGUUGAAGACCCAGAAGAGAUUGCUUCCAUGGUUGACAUGAGUAUCCGAAACAGCACUGAGAGGAGGAAGCUGGGCUACUUCUCCUGUGGAACUGGCAAUCCAGUCGAUGACUGCUGGCGCUGUGAUCCCAACUGGCACAAAAACCGCAAGCGCCUCGCAGACUGUGGCAUUGGUUUUGGCAGGAAUGCCAUUGGUGGUCGCGAUGGACGCUUCUAUGUUGUCACCGACCCUAAUGAUGAUGACCCCGUUAACCCCAGGGCUGGCACUCUUCGCCAUGCUGUCAUCCAGAGCGAGCCUCUCUGGAUUGUGUUCAAGCGAGACAUGGUGAUACAGUUGAAGCAGGAGCUCAUCAUGAACAGCUUCAAGACCAUUGAUGGACGCGGAGUCAAUGUUCACAUUGCUAACGGAGGAUGCAUCACAAUCCAAUAUGUUACAAAUAUUAUCAUUCACGGUCUCCACAUCCACGACUGCAAGCCCACAGGAAAUGCUUUGGUGAGGAGCUCGCCUACUCACUUUGGGUGGCGGACAAUGGCUGAUGGCGAUGCUGUCUCCAUCUUCGGGUCAAGCCAUAUUUGGGUUGAUCACAAUUCCCUCUCCAACUGCGCUGACGGUCUAGUUGAUGCUGUCAUGGGCUCAACUGCAAUCACCAUUUCCAACAACCACAUGACCCACCACAAUGAGGUGAUGCUGCUGGGCCACAGUGAUAGCUACACCAGAGACAAGCAAAUGCAAGUCACAAUUGCUUACAACCACUUUGGAGAGGGACUUAUCCAAAGAAUGCCAAGGUGCAGGCACGGGUAUUUCCAUGUUGUGAACAACGACUACACUCACUGGGAAAUGUAUGCCAUUGGUGGAAGUGGAAAUCCCACCAUCAACAGCCAAGGCAACAGAUAUGCUGCUCCAACCAACCCUUUUGCAAAGGAGGUUACCAAGAGGGUUGAGACGGCUACCACUGAAUGGAAGAACUGGAACUGGAGAUCAGAAGGAGACCUGCUGCUCAAUGGUGCCUACUUCACUCCAUCUGGAGCUGGAGCUUCAGCAAGCUACGCCAGAGCCUCAAGCUUGGGAGCCAAGUCAUCUGCCAUGGUUGGAUCCAUAACUUCAGGUUCCGGUGCACUUCCCUGCCGCAGAGGCCACCCCUGCUAGUAUCUCAUAUUUCCAGUUUACCAAAAUUAUAUGGUACUACCAAAUUUCCAUCCACAUAUUCCAUUGUUUUCUACCCAAUCUUUUGCAUUUUUCAAAAAUUUGGCAAGUGUACAUUAUUUACACAUGUCAUCAUAUCGUCCAAUCCACUCUCCCUCCCUGCCUCCCUCCCUCCCCAGAUUGUCCUUCUGUUAUUGGUCAACCUCGGUCUGCUUCAAGUGAAAAUACAAUGCCAUUUUUAGGAGCAGGUACAGAAGCGUUGUUCAUUUAUUUUUCUUCGUUGUCCUUGUGGUCUCUGUCUGUUUGAUCCCUUGGUAUUCUAACUACCAUUUGUGUGUCAAUCUUCCUCCUCCCAUCAGUGUGAGUCUUUUUUUUUUUUAUCUCUCUGCAUGCAUUUGGGUUUACAGGGAUAUGAAUGAUUUUGUGGGUUUUCUUUUGUCCAGAGUCUUACAAGCAAGCAAGCAAUAGUGUGAUAUGAGUGUCAAACUUUAAGUUAUGAAAGGAAAUAGCAAGUGCAGUCGUGUUUUCUUACUUUUGUUACUUAAUUUCACCUUUGUUUUUCUUCUUUUACUUUUGGCAAAGUGCAAUGGCAAUGGAAGCUAUCUUUUACUUU